GAGAUUGUGCUCACGGUUGCUGGUUGUAGGCUGACAGACAGUAACACACACACACACACACACACACACACACACACACACACACAUACAUACACAAACACACACACAAACACAAACACAUACACACACACACACACACACACACAAACAAACACACCAUACUGUGCUCACAAGUUGUUGCUUGUCAGACCGCGGCAUACACGCACAACCGUCAGCUGGGUCACCCACCCUCAAAGAUGAACCCCGUCGGCACGGAGAACCCGCAUAACAACAAACACUUCAUUGACAUCUAUGAGACUUUCCGUCCCGAUUAUCCAAAGGAGAUCUUUUACAGUAUAUACCACUUCAUGAUGGACGUCCGCGCCAACUUUGACCUAGCCAUGGACGUCUGCGCAGGCGCGGCAAAGGCCUCCAAGCCUUUGUGUACCUACUUCAAACAGGUGAUCGCCUUAGACAGCAGCGAAGAUUUCCUGUCUCGCGGCCCAGACGGAGUGCCCAACCUGAUCUACCAAGUGGCCGACUGCUCCAGGCCCCUCACCUUCCUCCGGUCACAGUCCGUGGAUCUGGUCAAUGUGGCCUCAGCCUUGAGGUUCCUCGAACGUCGCAGAUUUUACUGCGAGGUAGACCGGGUCCUGAAGCCUGGUGGCUGUUUCUCGCUCAUGUGUGUGACCAUCCCACGACUCACGUGCGCAGACGGCGGGGCCUACACCAUCAUCAAACAGAAGCUGCUGAAGGACGUGUUCGAGAAACAUCGGCGUCGGAUGGAACAAAUCUACAGCGGCCUCGACAACUGCGAUAUUAUGUACCCUUACUACAAAAA